AUGAAAGGCAAUGCUAAUGUGAGUUUGGCUGGAGCUAUGACCCAAUCAGAGUGUGGUGAUCUUUGUAUCGCCUACUACGCUGAUGAGAAGGAAUGUGCAGCCUUCACCCACGACAAAAAUAGUGACCAGUGUAUGUUGCUCCUGCAGACAGAUAUCUACAUUUCCGGAUCUCCAGAAAUCCGUGUUGACCAGGACUCCAUCACGGCGGUCAAGAAAUGUUAUAACUUCUACACCUCUGAAGAGUCUCUAAAGUACCUCGGCAAUGUACAGAAUCCCAACAGCAUCUGCACCACCCUUAACUCUCAGAAUGUACGUUCGGAUGAACAAAGUACAAGAAGUGGAAGUCAGGUUAGAAUAGCAUCUUCUCUGGUCCCCAUGCAGUCAUCGGACUGGCAGCUCCUAUUGCCGUCUCCGUCUCCAGUCGCUGGAAUUACAUUAAUGUUUGAAGAUACAAACACAACUUCCGGUCUUCCCAUCGGGAUACUACAGCCAUCGCCUUGGGAACUGCAACCAUCUUCGACGUUAAUGCAUCAAACCGAACCUGCGACACCUGCAUUGCCGUCACAGACAAUGGUUCAAGACAACGCUAUUUCCUUGCAUCAUGAUGAUUCAUCUGGAUCUGAAUUGCCGUCACAGACACAGGCCGAAGACAGCGCUAUGUCCUUGCAUCACGAUGGCUGGUCUGAAUCUCUAUUGCCGUCACAGACACAUGUUCAAUACAACGCAAAUACUUUGCAUCGAUCUAAAACAGGCGGACAUGUACUGCAGACACAAGCUCCAAGCAGCACCAGAACAUGCCGAUGUCGAUGUACCGUUUCUCACACUGGCAACAACACUCGAGCACCUGGCAUGAAUCUGACCAAAUUACAAGUGGAUCGACAAAAGGUAUCGAGGUACAGACGUAAGCUCACGUCAGCUUCUGAUGACCGCCCGUCCGCCCGUGUUGUUGGAUCUGUGUUGGGAGUAGCCGUGCUCGUCACAGUCGGUGUGCUGAUCGUACUGAUGGAUGUCGCUGUGGUCCUGAAACGCUGCUGACACACCUUAGAUUUUAAAGCACUAGUGGCGGAGUGAUGGAGGGCACAGAUACCUUAGACUGGGAAUAUGGUAACCUAAACGCCCACAUAGUUAGGUGGAGUGAAUAACGUUGUACAGCUCAGCAUGAUUGCAUUCUUAUGUAGGUGGCACAUUACGUCUACGUCAAGUAUUUAUGAUUCAGUGGAACACAGUACUUAAACUUUUUAUUUGGAAAUUAUAUAAUUAGUAACUUAAUUCAUUUAAUAUUCGUAUAUCAUCGAAUAUAUUAAUCAAUGUCAUUAUUUUGUGUAAUAUCUCUAUAUCUAUUAUAUUUCUGGUAUGACGGGUUUUAUAUUGGAGACGCGUGGUUCAUUAAGACUUGCCAAAGCACAUGUUUCAGUGGGAGUGUGUACAGAACGUAUACUAUCUAUACAAAUCCUGUAUAACUGUUGUCAGUCAAUGCACCAUUAGUGUACGUAUCUGUGGUGGUCACUGCUACCUCUAGGUGCGAUGACGUAGUGUGUACAUGUGGGAUUCACUGCAUGUUGUACCAAUGUCGACAGAGCUCGGGUAAUAUACACAUGGAAAUACACUUUUGAUUAGAUUUUGAAAUCUUCUGUAGUAGACAAUAGAAAUGAUACCUGAGGAAGUAUUUGCGAUCUUCAGCAGAUUGGGUUAAAAUUUGUUACUUGGGAUAUAUGUUGUUUGACAUUUGUCGAAAUAUGUUUGUUUAUGUUGUUGGUUUGUGAUGUGUUGGAAUAGUAUUAACAGCGUCUUAACACAAUAUAAACAACAUUGUUUAGUGUCAGUGUGUGUCGUGUUAAAGUGCUCAAGUAUACAUUGUGCCAUUGCUCGAAAUCUGACCAAAUUGUCCAACUGGAAGUUUAUUUGAGCCGAAGCUCAGCAGGAUAUACAAAGGCAUGGAGUCGAUAGAAUCAGCUCAUAGUUACUUGUUUUUGAAUUAUG